AGACUAUCCCGUACUACAACUACUUCCAUUCAUAUGUACUAAAGGUUUUGUUGUAAUUUUGUAUAAAUACGAACAAAAUGUCCGAUAACGAGGAAAGUCAAGGGCCGAAGAGUUCCUUUAGCACCUAUGUAGCUGAAGGUGACCAGCUAUUCCAGAAGGGAGAGUACGUCAAAGCUAUUGAGAGCUUUUCCACGGCUUUAAGUUUACAGCCGGAUGAUAAGAACUGUCUGGUCGCCAGAUCCAGGUGUUAUUUGAAAUUAGGGGAUGCAGAGAACGCGCUGAAAGAUGCCGAGACCUCACUUAGAGACAGCAAAGAUUUCUUCAAGGGUCUGUAUCAGAAAGCAGAAGCCCUCUACACUAUGGGCGAUUUUGAGUUUGCAUUGGUCUACUAUCACCGAGGCAAAAAGCUGCGUCCAGAGCUGCAGGAGUUCAGGCUGGGCAUCCAGAAAGCUCAAGAGGCAAUCGACAACUCAGUGGGCAGUCCUUCCUCUGUCAAGCUGGAAAAUAAAGGAGACUUUUCCUUCUUGCACAAGUCUAAUGGGGUUCAUCCCAAACAUCUGAAUCACUCUCAUAAGAGGGAAUCCAAAAAGCAUAACCAGAAGACGGGCAAAAGUGAAAAGACAGCCAAGGAACUCUUGGGAGAGCUGUACAGUGAUAGAGAAUACUUAGAGAAACUUCUACAAGAUGAAGAUCUUAUAAAAAGUAAGAUACGAACUGGAGAGCGUGUGCAAGACCUGAUCGUAGGCUGUAUCUCAUAUCUGGACACGCGGACGGCGUUCUGGCAGCAGCAGAAGCCCAUCUACGCUCGUCAGCGAGACAGAAAACUCAUGCAGCAGCAGUGGAACCGGGUUCUUCACAAGCCUCCCUCAGACCCCACUCGAUACGUCCUCAACGGUUUGGAGGAGAUUGACACAGCCUUGAGUGCAGGCAAUACAGAAAGCGGCCUGAAGAAGGCCCGUGAGCUGAUGAAGGCGGUGAAGGAAUGGUCUGAGGAUGUGCUGCCCAAUAAGAGAGAAGUGCUUGGAAACCUGCACAGCUGCAUUGGCAAUGCACUGAUGGAUCUUGGAAAUAUGGACAAGGCUCUGCAUCAUCAUGAGAAGGACCUCGAGCUGGCCAAGAAAGGCGACCUGACGGACAGUAAAUCCAGGGCUCUGGACAACAUUGGCCGUGUGUAUGCACGGAUUGGCAAGUUUCAAAGAGCUAUAGAAGUCUGGGAGGAGAAGUUGCCUCUAGCAUGUGGUGGGUUAGAGAAAACUUGGUUGUUUCAUGAGAUCGGCCGCUGUUACCUAGAGCUGAAACGCUACGGCGAAGCACGAGACUACGGCUCCCGCUCGCUCAUGGCUGCGGAUGACAUCAGCGAUGAGAAAUGGCAGCUCAAUGCCAGUGUGCUCAUGGCGCAGGCAGAAUUGAAGCUGGGUAACUACAAGGCCUGUGUGUUACACUUUGAGAGGGCACUGGACCGGGCAAAACUGCUGCAGGACGACUCUGCCAGCGAAGCCAUCCAGAAGGCUCUUCGUGAAGCAAGACACAGAGUGACUCAGUAAGAUGAGAAACCCCUCUGAAAAAACAUGGCUGCAUCCGCCUCCAAGACAAGUCAGAACUAAUGCAUCCUUACCAGUUAAAUACAUUUUGCCUGAAGAGCACUGUGUUAGAUUGCAGUCAGUCUCACUGGUGAAGGAUUACUUUAUGACUGCACUUUCUGUGCUUGUUUCCAUAUGGGUAAAAAGGGCUUUUGUAUAGUUUUACAUAAAUACACUGUCACACUUUCAGAGGUAUAACAAAUCAUGUUUUAUUUUUGUGAUGCAGUGUCAGAGUGACGUUGCCCAGACAUUGUUAAUGUUUUCCAAAAGACGCACGCAUGCUGAGGCCUUGUGUUGAUAUACAAAAAUACUCUUUUUAAUUCAUAAUCCAGCCAUAAUGGUUUGAAUUUAAAAGUAAUAAAAUUAGCUCAGCUUUAAUCCCUAACAUUAAACUCCACCUACUGAGUCAAUAUUGACUUAGAUUAUGUGCUCAACGAAACUGAAGAGUAGUAUAUGCCCUGACAGAAUGCUUAACUACACAUUACUGCACUUUGUGUGUGAGAGUAUGUUCGUGUGGGUUACAUCUGCUAUUUAUGUGAACUCACCACAGACACUUGUGAGAAAGCGGUCACAGCCAACCUGCGUUUGCUCUGAACUCCACUGUGAUAAGCUGAAGCAGCGAUUCUUAACUGCAAAACCUGUCAGUGCAAUGUCAGAACACACAACCACUCAGAAACCCUGCAUACAUUUCACACGUCCCUCACGAAUAUCAACAAGACGCAGCAUGAACGAUCCAGCUGUUUUAAUCUUUGCUAGGUAUGCUCCUGUAUAACUGGCCUGUAAACAAGGAUUUACAGAACAGGAGCUGCCUGUGGAUCCUUUUUUACUCUGUACAAACUUCAUUUUAAAACACAAACGAUGGAAAUGAAUCAUUUAGUAAUUUUAAUAGGCAUGUAUUCAAUAUAAUCUGACAAUCAUUCUGACAGUCUGCUGGAAGUCAAGUCCAUACUUGCACGAGGCAUGAAAAGCUUGAUCAUUUGUUUGUCUUCAUGUCUCAUCCGAUUAUUGAUGGCAUAUAUAUUUUAGAUGCAAUCAAAUGUACAGGUUUAGGCAAGUAUUCUUAUAAUGGCCUGUGUAUGAAAAUGGAAACUGUGUGUUUGCUCUACAAGUAGGCCUAAACAAUGAGUUUGAGGGGGCUAUUAUUCUACAAGAAUGUUGAUGUUUUAAACAAAUUCUAAACUUCUAAGAAAUGUAUUAAAUAAAAACAGGUCAUUUUGGGGGGUGCAAUCAAAUGUUCGCAAACGUCCAAACGCUUAACCUAAAAAAACGUUAAGACAACGUUAAGUUUUUUAAAAGACCAACAGUAAACACGUUAUAUAAAUAAAGCAUACUGUGUACAGACACGCAAAACCCAUAAUAUGAGCACUGUUUUAAUGCAUCCACGCUGGUGUUUUCUAUGGGAGGAAAACGUUAACGCAUUGUAUUCAUAUACUGGACUCCUCUGCUUGUCUAUACAUGGUAUAAUUUAUUAAUAAUGUGUUUACAGAGCUUUGUCAUUUAAAAAUACUUUAAGUCGUUAAGCAUUAUAGAAUGUCCCAAAUUUGGCAACAGAAAUUCACAGUUCGCGCAGUUAACAGAACACAAUUUUUUGUGACAUAUAUUUUUUUCAAAUCUUUAAUAAAGUAAUAAAAAAUAAAAGUGCUUUAAUGCUUUAUUGAUGUGCCGAAAUUCUGAUGGUUACCUCCUCUGGCAAUUGCAACAUCUUUUUGUUGGUAUCUAAAAACCAGCAUAAUCUAGCCUUUAUCAUUUCAUAAAACGUUUUUGAUAGUUACAAGGGCCAUUCUACAGAACAGGUGACAGAAACUCAAAAAACACAUUUAAAAAGCAGUUAAGUAUUUAAAUCUUAGAUGUUUACUAAGAUUAUAAUCUACUGAAACCCACAAUAAUAUUUAAAAUAUCAGUAAGAUAGCAUCAUUUAGUGGGUACUUUCAGUUGGGAGGUGGCUGUCCCAAACCCUAACCUAAUGCUUGGUGGUUGUGAAUGAAUAAAUGAAACACAUUUCCCCUUUUUUACUCCAUCUCGAAUCACGCUCACGGAAAGUGCUUAAAAAACAGCGUCUUUCCCAAGAGCCAUUCACAUUACAUGAUUUGACUGAUUUUUUCGUAGAAAGGGUGACAGUGCACCGCAUUAAAAGAAAGGACCAUUCAUGUUUUCAUAACUGCUGGCCAAAUUCAAAAACAAAACUAACAUUAAAUAACCAUUGAGAGCGAGGGGGCCCCCUGGUUUUUCGGGGGCUCUACAUAGCUUGCAUAUUUUGCGUAUAGGGAGGAUCAGCUCUGCUGAUUAGCAUCAUUGAGCUAGCUUCAAAAGUAUCUAAAAUUGUCACUACCAAAACAUUUGGUGAAGUUUCAGUAGUGACAUCUUUGUUUUGGGUGUUAUCCCAAUUUUCGCUACUGUAAUAGUCACGAUCGAAACAUGUCAUCAUCGUUUCGGUAGUGAUAAAAGGGAAUACAUAAUCCUCAUAUUUGGUGAAAUAAACACAUUUUUUGUAAAGAUAAGCAAUUUUUUUUUUGUAUUUUGGUAUGUUUUAGGAGUGUUUUAGUAUGCAAGUUAAAAUUCUAUAAUGUGAUGUGGUCGCUACAAAAAACAUUACCGUCACUACCGAAAAUAUGCAGUCAAGACUGAAACAUGGGAUGUUCUGUCAAAA